AUGCUAGAGCCUUUUCUCGAUCCUGCCAUUUAUGCACUGAGGAGCACAAUAGCUUUUGGAGAUGUUUCUUUCAGUUUUCUGGAAAAGCAGGAGCAGACUUGUGUAACUGCCCUCAAUGUCAUCCGCACAGCAGUGCAAAAGCCUGCUGUUCUUCCUUCUUUAGAGUCUGAAUGGAGACGUGGAUCAGUUGCUCCUAGUGUGCUUCUCUCGAUAUUGGAACCUCAUAUGCAAUUACCUCCUGAAAUUGAUCUUUGCAAAUCUCCUGUUUCUAAAAGCAUUGAGCAUGAAGCUGCAACUGCCGCCUCUCAUGCUUCGCUGAUUCUCCAUGGAGGAGCUUCUUCAAAAUCAAAUAACCAAGAUGAGGUGGAUGCUUCUGAUACAAAUGCAAAGAUGGAUAUAUUUGAAGAUGUCAGUCUUCUUUUUGCACCUCCAGAGCUGCAGACCAUAGUACUGGCAAAUGUUUCAAGCAGUCCCAAUGAACAUAUUUUGGAUUCCAACCAUAAGGAUGCCAAAUCAGAACUAAUCCAUGUCGAUAAAAAUUAUGUUGGCUGGUUGCAGAAUGGCUUAGUAUUAGAUUGUGGUUUUGUUGCAGAAUACUUGAACUUGCAAGCAGACUAUUUUCAACUUGUAAACCACCGUGAUUGCGAGCUUAGGGCCUCUGAAUUUCAGCGUUUGGCUUUGGACCUACACUCAGAGUCCGAGAUUGCUGUUGAAGGUCAUGAUGCGGCUAUUGAUGCUUUGCUUCUGGCAGCAGAAUGCUAUGUCAAUCCCUUUUUUAUGAUGUCUUUCAGAUCCAGUCCAAAGUUAAUUCCCAUUAACAUUGGUGACAAUAAAAAAGUGAAAAAUGACGAAAUUUCAGAGCUGCAGAAUGCUUCUGAAAAGAAUAGUUGUGACUUGGAAACAGUAGCUUUUCUUGAAAAGAAAAGGGACAAAAUUGUCCUUCAACUACUGCUUGAGGCUGCUGAACUAGACAGGAAAUUUCAGAGGACAUCAGAUUACUACCCUGAAGGAAUUGCCGAACAAGUCGUAAAGUUGUCUCCCCUUGAUGUACAGUCUACUGAUGCAAUUACCUUGGUUCGACAAAAUCAAGCUUUACUGUGCAGUUUUCUGAUUCAGCGACUGAAGAAAGAACAACACUCCAUGCAUGAAAUUCUUAUGCAUUGUCUUGUCUUUUUGUUGCACUCUGCCACACAACUGUACUGUGCUCCUGAAGAAGUGAUUGAUUUCAUAUUAGAAGCUGCUGAGCAUCUUAAUGGAAUGCUAACCUCUUUCUAUUAUCAGUUAAAAGAAGGCAAUCUGCGGUUGGAUCCAGAAAAGAUACAUGGGGUACAAAGGCGUUGGAUGCUGCUUCAAAGGCUGGUAAUUGCUUCAAGUGGUGGUGAAGGCUCAGAUUUUGUGGUUAAUAUCAAUAAUGGGUUUCGGUGUGGAAACUUAAUUUCUCCAUCAGCCUGGAUGCAGAGAAUAUCUUCAUUUUCUUGCAGUGCUUCUCCUCUUGUUAGGUUUCUUGGUUGGAUGGCUAUAUCUCGAAAUGCAAAGCAGUUUAUAACUGAGCGGCUCUUCCUUGCUUCAGAUCUGUCACAACUUACCCAUUUACUAUCUAUAUUUGCUGAUGAGCUUGCAGUAAUAGAUAAUGUCAUUGACCAAAAAUAUGAAGAUGAGAAGAUUGAACAAUCAGGAAUUAAACAAGAUAUGCCGUUUCCCAAAAGGUCUGAAGCUGCUGAGCAAAAUGGAGAUCGAUCUUUUGAUGUCAUCUAUCCUGAUCUCAGUAAGUUCUUUCCAAAUUUAAGAAAGCAUUUUGAAUCUUUUGGGGAGAACAUUUUGGAGGCUGUUGGAUUGCAGUUGAGAUCUCUUUCUUCCAAUGUUGUGCCCGAUAUAUUGUGCUGGUUUUCUGAUUUAUGCUCUUGGCCAUUUUUUCAAAAGAGCCAAAUUACAACUCAAAAUAGUUAUGCUCAUUUGAAAGGUUAUGUUGGAAAGAAUGCCAAGGCAAUCAUACUUUACAUUUUAGAAGCCAUUGUAAUUGAGCACAUGGAAGCAAUGGUGCCAGAGAUACCUCGGGUGGUGCAAGUGCUGGUAUCCCUUUGUAGAGCCUCGUAUUGCGACGUGUCAUUUCUUGAUUCGAUAAUGCAUCUGUUGAAGCCUAUCAUUUCAUAUUCAUUAUGCAAGGAGCUUUUUCUUGAUAUUAGACAGAAAAAUGAGAGUCCAGAUGUAACUGUUGGAAAGGACUACAGCAGAGCAUUGACAAUAUUCAUCCUGGCUUCUGUAUUUGGUGAUUUGUCUGUUCAACGUAGAAGAGAAAUAUUACAGUCCUUAACAUUGUGGGCAGAUUUUGCUGCUUUUGAACCAACCACUUCUUUCCAUGACUACCUAUGUGCAUUUCAGACUGUUUUGGAAAGCUGCAAGGUUUUAUUAGUCAAGGCUUCAAGAGCCUUUGGUAUUCUCCAAUUGCAGUGGCCCCAUGUUUCUGAUAGUAGCACAGGAACAGCUUGUGAUAGUAGCACAGAGAUGCAUUCGUGGUUUCUCAGUGAUGUCUUCCAUAGCUCUAGUCCACCUAAGAUUUCUGAGGAGCUGAAAAGUGAUAUUUUUUAUGAUAUAGCCUCAAAGCAGAAGGAUUGUAAUUUACCUGUCGAGGAAAUAGAAGACUUUUCUAAUGACUUAGAGGAUCUCAUUGCGAAGCUUAAUCCAACUAUUGAGCUCUGCUGGAAUCUACAUCAUCGGCUGGCAAAGAAGCUGACUAUCACAUCAGCUCAGUGUUUUAUGUACUCAAGAUGCUUAUCUUCAAUUGUGCCCCAAGUUCAAAAUUCUGAGGAGAAUGACAGUGAAAGUUCUUAUGCAUUCAAGCCAGUUGACCAGUUUCCAGUUCAUUGGAGUGUUGGACUAGAGUCACUUGCUGAAAUCAUUAUGAAGCUCCAAGAAAGCCAUUGCUGGGAAGUUGCUUCUCUCAUGCUUGAUUGUCUACUUGGAGUACCUUGUUGUUUUCCGCUGGAUAGUGUUAUCAAUUCCAUAUGUUUGGUAAUAAAAAAUUUUUCUUGCUGUGCUCCAAAAAUAUCUUGGCGCCUGCGAUCCGAUAAAUGGUUGUCAACGCUGUUUGCAAGAGGUUUCCAUAGCCUCCAUGAUAGUGAUGGGCCUCUUGCUGAUCUGUUUGUUACACUGCUGGGUCAUCCUGAGCCUGAGCAGCGUUUUGUUGUUCUUCAGCAUUUGGGUAGAUUGGUUGGCCAAGACAUGCGAGGAGAAGCAGUUUUACAGUCUAAUACAACUAGCUAUUCAUUACUUUCACCAGGCCUAGUUCUUUCAGUUCCCGAGUCAUUUCUGUCCCUUGUGGUGUCGAGUACAUGGGAUCAGGUGGUUUUGUUGGCAUCAUCUGAUACUCUAUUACCUUUAAAGACUCGUGCUAUGGCACUUCUUGUAGCUUAUAUUCCAUAUGCUGGUAGGCAGCAGUUACAAUCUUUUCUUGCUGCAGCUGAUAGCGUUCUCCAUGUUCUGGGAAAAAUUACAUAUCCAACAUGUGAAGGUCCACUAUUGCGGCUUUCCUUGGCACUUAUUGCUUGUGCCUGCCUGUACUCUCCUCCUGAAGACAUUUCCUUGAUAUCUCAAGAUAUCUGGAGGAAUAUUGAGACCAUAGGAUUGUCAAGAACUGGCAAGCUUGGUGACUUGGAGAAAAAUGCUUGUGAAGUCUUGUGUAGAUUGAGAAAUGAAGGGGAUGAGGCAAAAGAGGUCCUUGCCAACUUAACUUCAGUUCAAUCGUGUUUUGAUAUGUUCUCAAAGAAAAUUGACCAAGAGGCAAUGGCACUGGAAGAGGCUGAAAUAGAAUUGGACAUUCUUCAAAAAGGACAUGAAGUUCAAGAAUCAUCAAAAGAUUUUAACGAGGAAAGGCAUAUUCCUUGGAUAACUGCUUCUGUGAAUGAUGAUAACCGUCUUCAAGGAAUCAAGGAUCGCAUUCGCUCCCUAGAAAAGUCCAAGCUUCAAGAAGACAUAGUGGCCCGCAGGCAAAAGAAGCUUCUCAUGAGACGUGCUCGUCAGAAAUAUCUAGAAGAGGCUGCUUUACAAGAAGAGGAACUUCUGCGUGAACUUGACAGGGAGAAGGCAGCUGAAGCAGAAAAGGAGAUUGAGAGACAGCGGUUGCUGGAACUUGAGCGUGCAAAAACUAGGGAGCUCCGAUACAAUCUUGACAUGGAGAAGGAGAGGCAAACACAGGCAAGACCCUUCCUAAGUCUCAAAGGUUCAAUGAGUAUUGGGAUCUAUAAUGUGUUCCCUGUCCGUGUGUACAUGAGAGAACUUCAGCGUGAACUGGAGCAGGCUGAAUCUGGACUACGAUCAUCAAGGCGUGACUUUCCUUCAUCCACCCACAGCAGGAUACAUCCAAAAGCUUACAGUAUGCUAGAAUGCAAAUCUGGUCUACUCGGGAGUGAUCUGAAAGCCAUAGCUGAGUUUGCUCUAGAAAGAAGUAUUAGAAGGACCAGCUAG